AUGACAGAUCACACGCCAGGUUCUAACUCCUCUUAUCACAAAGAACCUAGAGAAAUGAAGCUUGAAUACAAGACUGAGAAAGACUUAGAUUCUUCGAGUCAUCCAAAAGAGGAAGUAAAAGAAGAAUAUAGUAUCUCCAAUGGACCUCGCAAGAGUAACACUUUGUACUUAAUCAUAAGUUCAACAAGUGACACCUCUCAUAGAGAUUCCCAAGAACUCAGAGAUGAUGCACAGAGAUCAAAGCGGGCAGUACCCCUUUUGAUUGAAAGAUCCAGACUGCCAGCAGAAAGAAACUCAAUGAUCUGGGAGCAGGCUCCCCUAGAACCAAAAGUUGUGCGCAUCGGUAUUGUGCCAACAGAGCGCACAAUAGGGCACUGGCAAUACUGCUAUGAUGAUCUUAUUCAAAUCGAUGAAGAAUCGAUGCUCCUCAAACGAAAUCACAUUCUCAAAACCCCUUCAUCAUUACAAGUACACGGUGUAUUUUGGGAACAGAAGCGCCCGUGUGGAGAAGCCGAGGAUGGAUAUGUUUCAAUCAACCGCAUAUAUGUCAAGUGGGAGAUCGAUACCGUAUGGUUGGAUUAUAACCUCUCCGUCGCGUGGCGUGAUAAUGAAAUGGAUCCAAGCGACAUACUAAUCACACGAAUGCCGGCAUACGAAAAAGUUCGUCGUCUUGCAAUACCAGCAGAAUUUAUCGAAUGGCCUUGUGAUAUGCGAGCAUCGGAUACAGGUUUAGCAAUUGCAGAUUUACCAGAUCUAGAGGACUUGGCUUUGCUGGUUCCUACGAAAGAGACAGUAUGGAGCGACUCAAUUCUCGUCCCAACGGUACCAAACACGACAUCCUUUAGCUAUCUCGAUAAAUUCGACUGUGAAUCAUUUGGUUCGGGUUUCGAGUUUUUUAUUGAUGAAGAUGAAUACGAAAUUAUUUUUGAGAAUUUCGAUAUGACGGGAUAUAUACGUGAUAUUUACACCUGGGAAUGGCCAGAUGCUCAAUACAUGAAAGUAAGCACAAUUGAGAGGGAGAAAGUCAAAGUUAACGCUAAGGCUCUGCUUGGGGUUCUGUCAGCGGAGGUUUAUGAAGUAGAUGAUGAAGACACAAACGGAAGACGCCGUGGUGUCAACAAUUUUUGGGAUGUUAUGAUACUUUCGCGAAAUUUGCGGUAG